UUUCAGCUCUGAUCAGCCUGUCGUUUGGAGGAGCCAUCGGCCUGAUGUUCCUCAUGCUGGGCUGUGCUUUACCUGUCUACAAUGCGUACUGGCCGUUGUUCCUGCUCUUCUUCUACAUCCUCUGUCCGCUCCCUCACUGCAUCUCUCGGCGUGUGGUGGAGGACUCCGACUCGGCCAGUAAUGCCUGUAAGGAGCUGGCGGUGUUCCUGACCACAGGCAUCGUGGUGUCGGCGUUCGGCCUGCCCAUCAUCUUCGCCCGCGCUGCCGUGAUUGCGUGGGGAGCGUGUGCUCUGGUGCUGACGGGAAACAUCGUGAUCUUCGCCACCAUCCUGGGCUUCUUCCUGGUGUUCGGCUCCAAUGACGACUUCAGCUGGCAGCAGUGGUGAAGCAGACCGACUCUCUCCAUCUUUAUUUAUACCCGCCGCCAUCCAUACAUGCAGGAAUCAGUGCAAUAAUUCUGUUAGACGCGUCUGCUCUGUCGCUUUCCUUUCUCGCGCUCCAUGAGUUCAGGUGGUCGAGCGAAAACACUGGCCGAAACAUGAACGCUGUCAUCUUCAGAGUCUGACUUCAGUCUGUUACUGCUUUGCUUUUUAUUCUGGGUUUAUUUAUUUGUUACAUUUCUGUUCUGUUAUAUUAAACAUUGUAAGAUGAAGGUUAUUAUUAUGAUUGAUUUCAGCGUUGUGUUGAUUUUUAUUUUUAUAGUGAUGCAGAAUUUCCAGCCUGGUCUCACGAGGAAACGGAACUAUAUUACGUGUUGUCAGAAAUGUGGCCAAUUUGUUUAAAGUAAUAUUCAAAUUCAUAUAUACGAAUAUAAUGAUAUUGGUAUACAAACGUGCGGUUUAUAAACAGCACAGACGUGGCUAAUUCAUACAAAUUCCAUGCGAUUAUGUUGGUCUGAAAACAUACGAUUUAUAAAAGGAGGCGUGGCAUUAAAUGUGGCUAAUUCAUAAAAUUUCCAUACUAUUAUAUUAGUAUUAAAAAAGGCUAUUUAUAAAAGGAGGUGUGGUUAAUUUGUACAAACUCCAUAUAAUUAUAUUGGUAUUAAAACAUACGAUUUUUAAAAAGAGGUGUGGCACCAAUUGUGGCCAAUUUGUAUAAAUUACAUACGAUUAUAUUGGUAUAAAAAUAAACAAUUUAUAAAGGGAGGUGUGGCACCAAACGUGGCUAAUUCAUACAAAUUCCAUAUGAUUAUAUUCAUAUAAAUGUAUACAAUUUAUAAAAUGCGUGGCCCCAAACAAAGCUAAUUUAUAUAAAUUCCAUACAAUUAUAUUAGUAUAAAAAUGAGCAAUUUUUAAAAUGAGGCGUGGCAUUAAACGUGGCUAAUUCAUACAAAUUCCAUAUGAUAAUACUGGUAUAAAAACGUUCAGUUUAUAAAAGGAGGCAUGGCACCAAACUUAGCUAUUUAGUACAAAUUCCUUAUGAUUUGCAUUGUGUUCGAUGUAUAAAAUGUGUGGCACCAAACAUGGCUAAUUCGUACAAAUUCCAUACGAUUGUAUUGGUAUUAAAACAUACUAUUUAUAAAAUGAGGCUUGGCUAAUUCGUACAAAUUGCGUGCUAUUAUACUGGUAAAAAAAUUACAGUUUAUUAAAGGAGGCUAACUCGUGGCUAAUUUGUACAAUUUCCGUAUGAUUAUAUUAGUAUAAAAACAUACAUUUUUAAAAAAGAUGAGACACCAAACCCCACCCCUUAACCUAGCCCUCAUUGGGGGAUGAGCAAAUCAUAUUAAAAUGUACGAAUGAGAUCCUACAAAUGAACGAAUUAGCCACUAAAUUAAAGAAGUUACGAAUUGUCGUGAGACUGGAAAUUUUCCAGAAACCAUUUCUUUGACUGUUAGUAAGAGCAGAAAAAGACGUAUGAAGUAUGUAGGCUAGCUCCUGAUCAUCAUUUAAGGUGAUAUUAUUAAUAAACACCAGUUUCUUUAAAUCUCUCCGCAACUAAUCAUGACGCAGUUGGUCUGACUGUUUAAAGUCGACAUGAAAGCGGUUUUCAAUGAUUCAUCAGUGCAUAUUGUUUAAUAUCCACCCUAGAGUUGGCCUUCAUGUUGUGUGCUAUAUUUUGAAGUGUUUCCAUACAUGCAGUCAAUGCUAAAGUCAAGUCCCGUCAUUCACUGGUGUGAUGUUGAAGAUCACACAGACUCCUCAUAUACAGGUGGAAUGGGUUAUCAGGCUGUUUCAUGCGGACUUUAACGCUUCUGUUAUUUUAUAUCUCUGUCAGUGCAGAAACCGCACUAGUAACAUUGUUUCCUCCUUAUCAUUCUUUUUUUAAAAAUAAAUACCAUUUUUGAAAAAAAAA